AUGAGGUUACGCAACGCUCUUUCUUCUCUCAUUAUUCUUGUUGCAAUUUCAUUUCUUUGUACUGGGGUCAAAUGCGAAGACCCAUAUAGGUUCUUCACUUGGAAGAUCACCUACGGUGACGUCCAUCCUCUUGGUGUUAAGCAACAGGGGAUCUUGAUUAAUGGGCAAUUCCCAGGGCCUCUCAUAGAAGCAGUUACAAAUGACAACCUGAUCAUCAGUGUGUAUAACUAUCUUACUGAACCAUUCCUAAUAUCAUGGAACGGAUUACAGCAAAGGAGGAACUCAUGGCAAGAUGGAGUUUAUGGCACAAACUGUCCAAUCCCACCUGGGAAGAACUUCACUUAUGUUCUCCAAGUGAAAGACCAGAUUGGUAGCUUUUUCUAUUUCCCAUCUCUUGGAAUGCAAAAAGCUGCUGGUGGAUUUGGUAGCAUCAUAAUUCGGAGCCGUCCUAGAAUUCCUGUUCCUUUUCCUCCUCCUUCAGGGGACUUCUCCAUACUUGUUGGAGAUUGGUUCAAGACAGACCAUCAUGAACUGAAACGAAUCCUAGAUAAUGGUCAUGAUCUUCCCUUUCCUCAUGGACUUCUUAUCAAUGGACGUGGUUGGAACGCAGUCACAUUCACCGUUGACCAAGGUAAGACUUACAGAUUCAGGAUAUCAAAUGUGGGGCUCAAAACAUCCAUCAACUUCAGAAUCCAGGGUCACAAGAUGAAACUUGUGGAGGUAGAAGGAUCUCAUACCCUCCAGAACACAUUUUCUUCCCUUGACAUCCAUCUUGGGCAGUCCUAUUCUGUGCUUGUCACAACUAAUCAGCCUGCCAAGGAUUACUACAUAGCUGUGUCUACAAGAUUUACCAGACGAAUGCUAACAACAACUUCCAUUCUUCACUACAGCAAUUCAUGCAAUAGUGUAUCUGGUCCCGUUCCCCCAGGACCUACCCUUGAUAUUGCUUCGUCUCUAUAUCAGGCCAGAACUAUCCGGUGGAACCUGACAGCAAGUGGACCUAGACCAAACCCUCAAGGAUCUUACCACUACGGAUUCAUAAAACCCACUCGAACCAUCAUGCUGGCAAACUCUGCCCCUUUUAUCAAUGGCAAGCAAAGGUAUGCGGUCAACAGUGUCUCAUAUGUUGCACCAGAUACCCCAUUGAAGCUAGCUGACUACUACAACAUCCCUGGAGUUUUCUCUGUUGGAAGCAUUCCUACCAAGCCCACCAGGAGCAAAGCCUACCUCCAAACUUCUGUCAUGGGGGCUAAUUUCCAUGAAUAUGUGGAGAUUGUGUUCCAAAAUUGGGAGAACUCUGUACAAUCAUGGCAUGUUGAUGGCUAUUCUUUCUUUGUUGUAGGGUUCGGUACAGGGCAGUGGACACCUGCAAGUAGAGGAUACUACAAUCUGAGAGACACUGUUUCUAGAUGCACCACUCAGGUGUACCCAAGGUCAUGGACUGCAGUCUACAUGGCGCUAGACAAUGUAGGAAUGUGGAACAUAAGGUCUGAGAAUUGGGCAAGGCAAUACUUGGGGCAGCAAUUCUAUCUCAGGGUAUAUACACCUUCAAAGUCAUGGAGAGAUGAAUAUCCAAUACCAAAGAAUGCUCUUCUUUGUGGCAGGGCUAGAGGUCGUCACGCUAGGCUUUUCUAA